UACUAAAUUACAGUCCAACUUUGCACAAUGCCUAAAGGAUGAUGAUGAGUUGUCAGAUCAAUCUAAUCUCUGUCUCCUUCCAAAGUACAGAUUGUAUGUUAACUGUUGAGCAACAAUGGAAGUAUAAAUAUCCAGACUAAGCUCCGGACUCUAGUUCGGCGACUUAACUGAAACAUCAUUCAGUUAUGGAAACAUUUUUCUUGAGAGGGUUGCUGUUGUGUUGGCAAUGCUUAGUAAUUCCAGUGUGGGGGCUGGAUUUUUACACUGCGGCAGUUUAUGAACACCCAUCAGUCCUUCAGCUAAACUCAACCAUCCUUUCAACACGUUCGGAGGCACUGGAGAUAAUGAGGGAAAACCUGAAUAUCUACCAAGAGCAAGUCAAUGCUGCAAGCAAACAGGGAGUUAAAAUAAUUGUAUUUCCAGAGAAUGGUAUCCACGGCUUUCACUUCAGCAGACCUGCUCUUUUUCCAUAUUUGGAGCCUAUUCCAGAUCCUAAUGUUGUUCAAUGGAAUCCAUGCCUGCAUCCAACUGUAUAUAAUGAUACAGAGGUCCUUCAUCAGUUGAGCUGUAUGGCAAGAAGUGGCAGUAUGUACUUGAUUGCAAACAUGGGAGAGAGACAAACAUGUGAGCAAAGUGAUCCCAAAUGUCCGCCAGAUGGAAGAUAUCACUUUAACACAAAUGUAGUUUUUGAUGCUGAAGGUACUCUCACAGCUAAAUACCAGAAAUGGAACCUUUUCUUUGAAGUUGCUUAUGACACACCCAAAACAGUGCAACACGUCAUCUUUAAUACACCUUUUGCUGGAAGAUUUGGCAUCUUUACUUGCUUUGAUAUAUUGUUCUAUGAGCCAGCAGUAAGUUUAAUCGAGAAUUAUGGUGUAAAACAAAUUAUAUUUCCUACUGCCUGGAUGAACCUUCUGCCACUCUUAUCUGCAAUAGAGUUUCAUCAAGCAUUUGCUACUGCAUUUGGGAUCAAUCUUUUUGCAGCCAAUCAGCAUCAUCCUGAAUAUAAUAUGACAGGAAGUGGCAUCUAUACCCCAUUAGAUUUCCCUUAUUAUUACAACUCCGAGAGCAGUGAAGGUAAACUUCUUGUGGCCAAGGUCCCUAUAAUUACAUCCACCCAAAAUCACAGCCUACAACAGUCUAAAGUGACCAAUUAUCUUGAAGCUUCUCUCCUUCAGAAGGAGGGAGGAAAGCAGGAACAAACUGGCCCAUUGGAAAGCAGUGAUCCUGGUUACGUGUUUCAUAAUGUCAUGAUGUUUGAUAAUUACACAUUUAUCUCUUUGACAGGCUUGAAAGGUAAUUUGCAAGUCUGUUCCAACACCCUCUGUUGCCAUGUAGCCUACGAACGUAGCAGUUACACAGACAGUAACCUGUAUGCGUUAGGAGCCUAUGACGGGCUUCACACAGUGGAUGGCACCUAUUACAUACAAGUGUGUGCCUUGGUGAAGUGUGCAGGAUCCAGUUAUGACACAUGUGGCCAAAGUGUUACAACUGCCUCUGAUAUCAUAGACUUUAGAUUAUGGGGGAAUUUCAGCACAACCCAUAUUUAUCCAGAAAUAUUGGCUGAUGGGAUGAAAAUUUAUCGUGCAGAUACCAGAGGAUGGACUAACAAUAAUUAUUAUAUGACCAAGAAGGGGAUGUCGGCAGGUCUUGUCACUGCAGCAUUCUAUGGAAGGUGGUACGAGAAAGAUUAGCUUCUGCUGCAGAUUAUUUCUAAAUGCAACUUGGAUUAAAUAUAAUAGCACCAUUUCAAAUGCUUUGCAGAUAGUUUACAAUAAUAAUACUUUUGCAUUCUUUGUUAUAAUCCUGAGUUUUGGCCAGUGGAUUACAAAAAGAAAUGGGAUGUUAGAAAUAACACAGUGACAAUAUUUACUUCCCCAAAAAGCAUGACUUGAAGAUGCAAGACAAUGGCUGGCUGUCACAUUAAUAAUCUGAAUUGCCAUUGGGCCUAUUUGAAAUAAUUACCACGGAUUCUGCUUUUGGAAGUAGGUGAGACAGCUUGGGGUAAAGUCUGUCAGCCUUUUCUACUUCUCCAACUACCACUAUCUAUGUGGAAACUUCCCACUGCAAUCAGACACUGGCCACCAAGUUAUCUUCCAUAACAAGCAAAGUUUCUAUGCUGUAGCUGCCACAUUGCACCAAAAUUGUGUCUGUGCUUUAUCUGUACACACAGAUCUUCAGUAUGAUCCUCAUUGCAUGUCAUGUGGCGUCAUUUAGCAGAACUAUAAAGGAUUCUUUGUUUCCUUUAGUCAAUGUUGCCAGGUCUACAUAAAUACUGAUACAGCAUAUUGAUACUUUGAACUGAUUUGCAAAAAUUAAAAUGUCACAGCAUUUUAACUGCAGGAUUGCCUUUAAAGUCUCAGCCUAAGCCAUUCCAGGACAUUUGAUAUCUUCCAAGACAGAACGCUUGAAAGUGGUGAUUUGGACAUUAUCAGUAAAUGAACUACAAACACAUAAUUAUGUUUGAGAUUUGAGUUAACAAAAAAUAAAGUGAUUUGAAUUACUAUUCCAUGAUCAUGUCACCUGAUGCUUAAGUGGACAAUCAAAUUUUCAAUUAAAGAAACUAAAAAAAAAGUGAAA